AUGCAGGCCACCAACACUAAAGUCUGCGUCUUCGUCAUCGCUGACGAUCAAGAACACCCCGUCCGACUAGCCAACACCCUGUCGGACACUGGCCUGCCGAAAAGCAUGAUAUCGAAAGCAAAAGCCCUGGCUACCCGAGGGCUGAUCCGUCCUUUGAACCCACCCAGCACCUUUACCGACCGUAUCGGCACAACAUAUACUUCCGCCUCGACGAUCUCCCUGCGGUGGUAUUACGAUGACGGGCUCAAGACGUUUCGAGAGACGUUUUAUAUCGUUGACAAGUUACCUCGGGCUGCCGCUUCGGUCGAGGCCAGGGCUGGAGCGGCAGAACUGGAGGCAGGCUAUGGCGGUGGGGGAGAUUGGGACGCAAUUCUCCGUACUGGAGUUGAGCCCAAUCCCACCAUCGGUCAAGCCUAUCCAUAUUGCACCAUCCCUGCUGGCCGCGAUCCUCAGAGAGAGGCCCAAGCAAGAGAGCGGCUGGAACGGGGCCAAAAGCAGUUCCAAGCACAGAAGGAGGAGCAACAGAAGAAGGUGCGCGAGAGUCUGACCAAGGCCUCGAAAGUGAAUACAAAGCGUUGA